AUAUAUAUAUAUAUAUAUAUACAUGCAUUUAUCAGAAUAUUUCUGAAGUGUUUAUAAAGUGCAGAAAUAUAAAGUGCAGAGUGGGGGAAGGUUUGUGAUGAGUGCCACGUUAUGUGUGACGAAAAUUUUCUUGACGUAUUCUGUCAAGUAACAAAAUCAAUUUCACGCUUCGCAAUGCGAAGUGUGUAUGGUAUUACAACAUGGGUUUUUUGGAAGAUACAUUCGUGAUCCUAAUCACACAGAUUAUCUUCUUUUUGGGAGGAUGGGUAUUUUUUGUAAAAAAAUUAUUUCGAGAUUAUGAGGUCCAUCAUAGAUUAGUACAACUAAUUUUUUCCACUACAUUUUCAUUAUCUUGUACUAUGUUUGAGCUAAUUAUUUUUGAAAUAAUUGGAGUUCUUGACUCUAGAUAUUUUCAUUGGAAUGUUGGUCUUUAUAUGCUUCUGUUUAUGGUAAUUGUCCUAAUUCCAUUUUACAUAGCAUAUUUCAUCAUUAGUAAUAUUAGAUUUGUAAGACUGAAAUUGAUAAGACCAUUAACAUUUGUUGUGUAUCUCUUUUAUCUUUACUUAUUUUGGAAAGUGGGUGAUCCAUUUCCAAUUUUAAGUCCGAAGAAGGGCCUAUUAUCUAUUGAACAAGGCGUUAGUAGAAUAGGAGUUAUUGGUGUCACUGUUAUGGCACUGUUAUCAGGAUUUGGUGCUGUAAAUUAUCCAUAUACCUCAAUGGCUUAUUUUAUGCGACCUGUAACAUAUGCUGAUGUACAGGUUAUAGAAAAACGAUUAUUGCAAACAAUGGAUAUGAUUGUAGCUAAAAAAAAGAGAAUAGCAUUAGCUAAAAAGGGAGAAGUUGUAGAGCAAAACGGAGCUCGAUCUCGACUUUGGGGAAUGUUUGGCCCUUUAAGUGGUACUAAAAGUAAUCAGGAAAGUAUUAAACAGUUACAAAUUGAAGUUACAGCGUUGGAAGAAUUAUCUCGACAAUUAUUUUUAGAAGCACAUGACAUUCAAAAUGCAAGAGAACGUUUAGAAUGGGCUGCUACUUGGCAGGGAAAAUAUUUUAAUGUUUUAGGAUACUUUUUCUCAGUGUAUUGUACUUGGAAAAUAUUCAUUUCAACAAUUAAUAUCGUUUUUGAUCGUGUGGGUAAGAAGGAUCCUGUUACUAGAGCAAUUGAAAUUGCAGUACAUUGGAUUGGUUUUGAUAUCGAUGUUACAUUUUGGUCUCAACAUAUUUCCUUUUAUCUUGUUGGUUGUAUCGUAUUAACAUCAAUUCGUGGUUUGUUACUAACACUUACGAAGGGCAUGUAUUUUGUAUCAUCUGUGCUUCUAAUGAGAAUGAAUAUGCCUGCGGAAUAUCGGAUUAUAAUAACUCAAGUUUUAGGAGAAUUGCAAUUUAAUUUUUACCAUAGAUGGUUUGAUGUUAUAUUUUUGGUAUCUGCAUUAUCAUCAAUAGUGUUUUUAUAUUUAGCUCAUAAACAAGCACCCGCAGAACGUAUUUAAUUUAAUAAAAUAUUUUUUUAAUGAAAUCAAAAAAUUUCUUUAUAACUUCGUGUUUACAAUUCCUUUGAUUACAUUUUCAGAAUAAAAUAAUUUUGAUUAAAGAAAAAAGAAAUAAAGACAACAUUAUAUUAUAUAGAUAUAAAAAUUAGUUACAAAAUAUAUGAAUGUUAAAUUCAAUGUAUUAAGUAUUUAAAUAUUUAUUUCUAGGAACAUAUUUAAUGCUCCUAUUUCUAAUACAUAUCAUUUUAUCAAAGUUAACAUGCAUAAUUAUAAACUUUGCAGAUUGAGUAAUAGUUUCACAUCGUCUAUUGUUUAAUUAAUUAAAAGUAAUUUUUAAUUUGCUGAAGUAUAUAUCAUUUAUAUUAAUUCUAUGUUGGAUUUAUUUCAUCACGUUAUACAAUGACAUUUUAAUCGCAUACAAUUGAUAACGUGAAUAAUAGAAAAUUGGCAUUAAUGUAUGAUUACUGAGUCUAUAAUGAACAACAUUCUAAUGGAUCAGUUCGAUACUCCACUCUUCUCCCAUAUUUACACUUGGUUUACGCACGGUUAAUACAUUAUUAUUUGGAUUGUACUUAGUCUCCAAACUAACUUUUGUCAUACCUAAAAUGAAAGUAAUUCGUAAUUUAAUAUUGCAGAAUUAAAUUACAUAUUUUUCAAUUAAAUUAGGAUAAUACUUACUACGUGAAUUUAAUAUAGCAGAUUUAACUCCUUUAGGUGGAUUUGCAAUAUCUACUCUUUCUAACCAGCUUUCUGUCUGAUAUGAAGAUAAUUUGUCUAUGAAUGUGGAAGUUAAUUUAUUUCCAUCAAAAUUGAGCCUCAAAUAUAAAUAUUUGCCAUGACGAUAUUCAAAACUAGCUUCAUCAUCGAUGUACAAUGUACCAUUAGCUUUACCCGCAGAAUCUGUGGUAACUAUUAACGUAUAGGGAUCAUUCUUCAUCGCGACUGUACUACGACGUAUUCUCAUUUUACGUGGAACAAUAGAACCGCCUCUUUGGAAUACUGGAAUCUUAUGAAGAGUUACCGGAAUAUUAACUAAGCCUGGUUGAUGAUGUGGUUGUAGAGUAUCAACAUCAUACCAAGUUACUUUGCCUUCUCCAGGAAAAUAUACGUUUACAUCUGUAACAGAUGGUUGAAAAACUGGACGUACGAGUAUAGAGUCUCCAAGUAAUAUUUCAUCAUCAAUAGCAUAUGUUUCAGUUUCACUUGGAUAAUGAGCCCAUAAAGGCCGCACUACCGGAGUGCCAUUUACUUCAUGUUCGCGGAAAAGUGUAUACCAUAAUGGUAGAUAUGAAUAUCUCAUUCUAAAAGCCUCUCUGACAAUUUGAAUAGUUUCUUCAUUAAAUAACCAAGGCUCACGUCGUUUAGUUUCAAUAUGAGAAUGCUGACGAUAAAAAGGAAGCCAAGCACCAGCUUGAUUCCAUCUAAUAAAUAGUUCAGAGUCUGGAUUUUUGAAGAAACCAGCAAUGUCUGCUCCACAGAAUGACAUUCCAGAAACUGCUAAAGAGAGACACAUUGGAUAA